CAAAUUAUAGAAUUUUGCAAAUAUGGAUAAAAAGAAACAAAACGAUGAUUUAUUUAAUCGCAUACGCAAUGAGUUGACUGCCAUUAUGGAGGAAAAUAAUAGCAACGAUCCGAAGCGCAAGAUUUCGUAUGAGGAUAUUAUGAAGUCCACUCCACUGCCCAGUUUGGCGCCCAGUAAAAGCCAAAAGAAUAAAUCGUCGAUAUACCAUAAUCCUCAAUCGCAUCGUCAGUCAGCGGGUGGCAAACCGAUUACAAUGAAGCCAACGUUCGGAGAAAAGGAGUCGUCAUCAUCAUCAUCAACGAGGGUAACAUCCUGUAGAACAUCAGCCACAUCGUUGAGAAACUUGACGUCUGAUUUGGACCAGAUUCCGUCGGCCGAUUUUCUGGACUCUCAAAGUGCCCAUUCAAUGGAUGAGGAAAUGAAGAAAAUGCAGCUGGAGUUGGCGAAGAGCUAUGAGCUAUUUCAGAGCAUUGGUGAGAAGUUUGAGGCCAUCAAUUUUGGCGCUCUUAAGACACGCAUACGCGACUUACAUUUGAACAAUGAAAUGGGCAAAGCCUCCACCAUCGAGCUGCAGAAAACGUUGGACGCUAGUUUCGUGCAGAAUCGCAUGGAGACGUUAGCUACAAGUGUAAGCGAGGAUUUUCGCCGGCAUCCUGGCGAAUUCGGGGACAUUCCCGAAUUGAGCACCUUCUUUCAGACGUGCGCCCAACUGGAGCAUGGCCUGGAUACGCUCAAGCGACAACGGACGCGCAGCACUGACCUGGAGAAGCGUCUAUGCUGGGCAACUGAGAUUGCCUAUAAUCGAAUGGAGGAAAUUCGUAAUUCUGUUGGCAACAAGCCGGAAACUAAUUUUUAAGCACUUGUUGUUUAAGAAUAUAUUUCAUCCUACAGAUCUUAAGAAAAAGUUGUUUCUUUAUAUAAGAAAUUAGGCCGUCAAUGUUUAGAC